UAUUAACUCAACCGUUCCGGCUCCAGUUUUAACGACAGUCAACCGCACUACGGGUAUCUCGUAUGCAAAAACAAGAUCAUAAAUCGUUGGGUACUGCAAGCCAUGGGCCCGUUUUCCAAGUCGGAUUUCACCGAAGAUGUAUUAGUUUUAGAAAGAGCUUCGUUCCACGUUGAUUGGAUUGAAAAUACGACAAAGCCCUUCAUCAGAGCUCCCAUGAAUAUUACACGCCGUACUGUUCCCGCUCCACCAAAAGAGCCAUUAACUGAAGGUUUCCAGAUCAUGGACAAAGCAAGCGAGGAAUGCCUCACAUUCUUACCAGAUCAUCGAAGAUUAACCUAUACACCUUGCAAUGAUUUGAACAUCUCUCAGCGCUUUAGAUGGACGCGAGAAUAUCAGUUGGCCUCGAUCCACGCAGACUUCUGCGUGGAAAGUGUUGGAAAUCGUGCGCAUUUCCUGCGCGGUUUUCGUUGCUUGAGUACAGCGGUCAGACGACGCCAAAAAUGGGUUUGCAAAGGCAACGAUAUAUACAAUGCUUACUAUAGAGGUUAUAUCACCACGAAAUCUAGCGAGAAUUCUGGGCUUGUGCGCUUAAGUCGAAAACACGAAGAGAUCGCCCAUUUUGUGAUUGCUGGAACAAACGAUAAUUUGUGCUCUCUCCGGCCAGUUGUGAAUGGUGUCUUCGAAUGUGAUUUCGACCGCCAUCGUAUGUGUGGUUUUGAAGGCAUGGAUAGUACGGCCCAGUUCAUGUGGCGAGUUCCUAGAAGAGGCUCUAACGAUUACAAACAAUUUCCAUCGCUAACCUCCAAAGACGAAUAUUUUAGAGUGGUUCGACGCACCAAUGUAGGCACUCCGACGGCAGAUUUACGGAGUCCAUCAUUCCGUGGACAACACUGUGUGCGGUUUCAGUCAUUCGUACAUGGCUCCGAUUCCAAUAAGCUGAACGUUCUCGUCGAUGGAGGCGGAAAAAGAAAACAAAUUUUCCAAAGAAGCGCCAACAGUGAUACAAUUUGGCGAACUUACAGCGUCACCAUUGCACCUGAGGCCUGUGAAGUUUUCCAGAUUGUUUUUGAAGCUGUGUUCUCGGAAUACAGAAACUCAAAAGUUGCCAUACGUGAUAUUGUCAUUUCUCCUGGUGUGUGUCGCUCGCGAUGGCAAAGUGAAGACAGCGAUUGUCCCAAUGGUUGGUCGUUCAUCGACGGGAAAUGCUGGUAUUUUCACGACACCAAACUCACGUGGCACGAUGCAUCCGCUGUCUGCAACAUCGUGGACGCAGAAUUAGCUACACCCUCCGGCGUAGCAAACCAGGUCGUCCCACGCGGAAGGCUCUUGUGGUUCGGAGCAAGAAGUUGCCCUACAGGUAGAAUAUACACAGUCAAGGGAGCGCCAUAUAAUAACACAUUCAUGUACACUACCCCCGUUUGUCUUAUGUACAAUAUUCCUCGUAAUGGUGCAGAGCUGUUUCAACAUGGCCCAUGUGAUCUAAAACUACCAUUCGCUUGUCAGAAAGAUCCAAUUAGGAAAACAGAGGUUACUUGUGGUUGGAGGAAUACUUCAGCUGUUACUGAUCGUCAAUGGCCGUGGCAUGUUAUGAUAGUUGAGUAUAAUGGUUGUGCAUGCGGAGGGACAGUGAUAGCUCCUGGAUUUGUCGUUACCAGUUCUUUAUGCUUACCGCGCGCCUGGCUACGGAAUGUGCAGUUAUUUUGGCCAAGUUCUCGCAAACUCAUACGUAAAGUCAAGAAGAUUGUAAACCAUCCUCUCUCCGGAGUCAAGUCGGGCGACAACGACAUCUCAAUCGUAGUUUUUGAAGAUGAUGGUUUUCUACUCGGACCUUCAGUUAACUUCGCUUGUGUCAGCCGAAUCCCAACCGCGCGUUGGACUGGUGGCGAUUAUAACUUCUUGAAAGAAAGGAAAUGUGCUGUGCUUGGAUGGGGAACUUUCAAAGCACCGUAUAAUUCAUGCAAUUCAGAGAAAUACAAAGUACAUGAAGUAGAGGUGGUCAGUCGAGAGGAAUGUGGCGCAUAUUAUGGGCACCAUAUGAUUACAAAAAGAAUUAUUUGUGCCAAGGCAAAGGACGACACGUCUUGGGAAUGUCUGGGAGAUACUGGAGGUCCACUCGUCUGUGAAAUCUCGGGGAGCUGGACUUUAGUUGGUAUAACCAGUUGGGGCGUUGGUUGCACCCCAACUAGAAAAUAUGGCAUCUACACAGACGUAGCGGCAAUGAAACCAUGGAUAGAUAUCGUAACGAGAGAAAAUCAAUAAUUUUUAAACAAAAAUGCCGUGCGAAAACUUAAUGUUUAACAUUCACCCUAAAAUCAUGCCCAAUGUGCCAAAAACAAGGUGCAAAAAUUCUGGAUUUAGUGCUCAGGGGCAGAGGGGGGUGUUAGCACAUAAUAUAUAGGAGGUCUAGAUAAGUUUAAGAAUGCUUAAAAAGGUCUAAGAAAACCUACCGCUGGUUGAGAAGGAUCAGAG